AUGUCUAUGCCGUGUGAUUGUGGAAGGGGUGAGAAGGAAUCGCCACCCAAGAAGAAAUUGAAAUCGGAGGCGGAGGCGGAGGCGGAGGCGGAGGCGAAGGAUGAGACCGGAUCUGAUUUGAAGUUUGAGGAUGAAGACCAAAACGGGAAUGAAGAGUCUUCCGGCUAUGAUUCCGAUGAUUGGACUACAUUGCCAAAUAAGGACGCCUUUAUCAAGUACUUUCAACAAGUAAACGAGAGCGAUGGUUUUGACUUUGAUGAAUACCCUGGGCCGUCCAUGUAUACUCCCAUCCGCCCUCUUCUAAAAUUUGAAGGAUUACCUAAGUUUGCUGAUGAAAUCAAGGGUUAUGCUUCAAUGGCGAUCAAGUAUUAUUUUGACAAUGAUGGGAAGGAACGCAAAGUUGAGGAGAUUGUGAAGAUAAAUGCAGGUGGUCCUCGGGAUGCUACCUACUACAUUACCUUUAAAAUUAAUAAUGAGGGAAAGGAAGAAACUUUUCAAGCUAAGGUGCAACUCCCGAUUGGGGGAGCAAUCAAAUUUCCAAUUUGCAGGCGCAAGGAAUAACUUGUUGCAGAAAUAUUUGUAGUUACCUGUGCCUUUUGCACCCCCAAAUGCUUUCUAUUACUUAAGUAAUUAUGUAUAACUCUAGUAUUAUUGGUUAUCUUAUCUGCUAUUGACAUUUUUA